UGUCAUACAACCUAAUAAUCUGUAUCGCAAAGGUAGCAUCAGUGCCCUGCAGGCUGCAUCACCGUCUGGAUUCAACCCCGCAAGUCUUGCCGGUCAACUCUCCAUCGGUCUAGCCUCACUGCUCUUCUUUUACGCCCAGUAGGUAAACUGCUUCUCCUGUCUCCUCGCCAUCACGGCUUCACAACCACGGCGAUGGCGAUGGCCAUGCACUGCCAUCAUGCUCUUUCCUACUGCCUCGUCGCCUCCACCGCCACCGUCCUUCUCUCCUUCUUCCACGUGCCGCUCGCCACCGCGCAACCGCUGCCGUGGCAGCUGUGCAACGACACCGCCGGGAACUAUACGGAGAACAGCGCCUACCAAACCAACAUCCGAAGCCUCGCCACCGCCCUCCCGGAGAACGCGUCCUCCUCCCCGGCCCAUUUCGCCACCGGCGCCGCGGGAACGCCGCCGGACGUCGUCUACGCCCUCGCGCUCUGCCGCGGCGACACCAACGCCUCCUCGUGCGCGAGCUGCGUCGCCACGGCGUUCCAGAACGCGCAGCAGCUCUGCGCGCUCCAGAAGGGAGCCACCAUGUACGGCGACCCCUGCAUCCUCCGCUACGCCGACUGGAACUUCCUGGCCAACACCACAGACAACAGGGGGCUAUACGUCGCCUGGAGCUACGACAACGUCAGCUCGGCGGCGGCGUCGGCGUUCGAUGCUGCCUCCGGCCGGCUCGUCAACGCCACCGCGGACUACGCGGCGACGGACUCGGUCAGGCGUUUCGGCACAGGGGAAGAGGAGUUCGACGAGACUUAUCCCAAGAUUUACUCGUUGGCGCAGUGCACCCCGGACAUGACGGCGACCGACUGCCGGACGUGCCUCGGGAAAAUUAUUAGGAGGAUAACGCCCACGUAUUUCACCGGGAAGCAUGGCGGGAGAGUUUUCGGGGUGCGGUGCAACUUCCGGUUCGAGACAUCUUCUUUCUUCUCUGGUCGCCCGCUGCUUCAACUCUCGGGGCCGCCUGUGCCGCCGCCAGUGAACAUGACGCCACCGGUGAACGGCCAAGGAACAACAGGACAUAGAACAGGAUGGGUCUUGGCCAUUGCAUUGCCUUUAGCUGCUGCAAUAUUAGCUCUCACGGUAACAUGGUUUUGUUUCUGGAGUAGGAAAACACAAGCAAGACAGCCCUCAGCAACACCAUAUUCCACUAAUCCAGAUGGCAUUAACAGCAUCGAUUCGCUCCUUCUUGACCUCUCGACGCUAAGGGCAGCAACGGAUAACUUCGCUGGAAGCAAUAAGCUUGGCGAAGGAGGGUUCGGUGCAGUUUAUAAGGGAGUACUUUCUGAAGGUCAAGAAAUAGCAGUGAAGAGACUCUCACUUGGCUCCAGACAAGGGGUAGAAGAGCUGAAAACUGAGCUAGUAUUAGUUGCCAAGCUUCAACACAAAAAUCUUGUGAGGCUCAUUGGCGUUUGCUUGGAAGAACAUGAGAAACUUAUUGUGUACGAAUACAUGCCAAACAGGAGCCUGGACACCAUUCUUUUCGAUUCUCAGAAAAGCAAAGAGAUGGAUUGGGGGAAGAGAUUCAAGAUUAUAAAGGGAGUUGCUCGAGGCUUGCAGUAUCUACAUGAAGAGUCUCAACUGAAGAUAGUUCAUCGAGACCUCAAACCAAGCAAUGUGCUACUUGAUUUCGAUUACAACCCGAAGAUCUCAGACUUUGGCUUAGCAAAACUCUUCGACUGGGAUCAAUCCCAAGGUGUCACUAGUCACAUUGCUGGAACAUAUGGAUACAUGGCACCAGAAUACGCGAUGCGCGGGAAGUAUUCAGUCAAGUCCGACGUGUACAGUCUUGGUGUUUUAAUCAUAGAGAUUGUCACCGGAAAGAAAAACAGUAGCUUCGCUGACUCGGAGCAAUCUGUUGAUCUCUUAAAUCUUGUAUGGGAGCAUUGGACCACGGGAACAAUCGAAGAGUUGCUGGAUCCAUUCCUGUCCCGCCGAGCUCCUCAAGACCAGAUGUUGAAGCUUGUCAACGUUGGGCUAAUGUGUGUUCAGGACAGGCCUGAAGAUAGGCCGAUGAUGUCGUCGGUUAACGUCAUGCUUAGCAGUGACACCGUCUCCCUCCAGGCCCCGUCAAGGCCAACAUUUUGCAUUCAGGAGGUGGAAGAUGUUGCUGAUGUUUACUCGGAUGCCUAUCCCAGGGUGUUCCAGUCCACCAGGAAUUCGAAGGCAACAAUGUCGCCAAAUGAGGCGUCGCUCACAGAGCUCGAACCAAGAUGAGCAUGAGCCUUCGAAUGAACCAUGCACUCAUCGAAUAUUCUUAUUGAUAAAUACGGUAGAAAUCCAAGCAUGAUAUGUAUGCUCUACAUGUGUCAUAUGAUUCUUCAGUAGGUUAAUCAAAUCAGGGUAGAGAGUACGACCUUCUAGAAAUAAUCGGUUACCUUCAUUAAUACAGAACCGACCAUAAAUAGUAGCUCAUCACUGUCGGUUGUGCAAGAACCGGUAAUACAAAUGUAUCACUGCCGGUUCUUAAACUCUCGUGUUCGAACUAUAAUAGAGCCGCAAAGAACCGGCAUUG